GUUUUACUGGGACUUAAUAAUGCUUAUCAUGAUGGUUGGAAAUCUUGUAAUUAUACCUGUUGGAAUUACAUUCUUCACAGAACAGACAACCACACCAUGGAUUAUUUUCAACGUAGCGUCAGAUACUGUGUUUCUGUUGGACUUGAUCAUGAACUUUAGAACUGGCACUGUUAACGAGGAUAGCUCUGAGAUAAUACUAGACCCCAAAAUCAUCAAGAUGAAUUAUUUGAAGAGCUGGUUUGUGGUUGACUUCAUCUCAUCCAUACCAGUGGAUUAUAUCUUUCUUAUUGUAGAAAAAGGAAUGGAUUCAGAAGUCUAUAAGACAGCUAGAGCACUUCGUAUUGUGAGGUUCACAAAAAUCCUCAGUCUGCUACGUUUGUUACGACUUUCAAGAUUAAUAAGAUAUAUUCAUCAGUGGGAAGAGAUUUUCCACAUGACCUACGAUCUAGCCAGUGCUGUGGUGAGAAUCUUCAAUCUCAUUGGAAUGAUGCUGCUACUUUGCCAUUGGGAUGGUUGCCUUCAGUUCUUGGUCCCAUUGCUUCAAGAUUUCCCACAAGAUUGCUGGGUGUCCCUAAACGGUAUGGUUAAUAAUUCCUGGGGGAAGCAGUAUUCCUAUGCGCUCUUCAAAGCUAUGAGCCAUAUGCUUUGCAUUGGGUAUGGAGCCAGAGCCCCUGUGAGCAUGUCAGAUCUCUGGAUAACCAUGCUGAGCAUGAUUGUGGGGGCCACCUGUUAUGCCAUGUUUGUCGGACAUGCCACAGCCCUGAUUCAGUCUUUGGAUUCAUCACGACGUCAGUAUCAAGAGAAGUACAAACAAGUGGAACAGUACAUGUCCUUUCACAAGCUACCUGCGGAUAUGCGUCAAAAAAUCCAUGAUUAUUAUGAGCACCGUUACCAAGGCAAGAUCUUUGAUGAAGAAAGCAUUCUUAAUGAACUCAAUGACCCUCUUAGGGAGGAGAUUGUCAACUUUAACUGUCGUAAGCUUGUUGCCACCAUGCCUCUGUUCGCCAAUGCUGACCCAAAUUUUGUAACGGCCAUGCUGAGCAAGCUGCGGUUUGAAGUGUUUCAGCCUGGAGAUUACAUUAUCCGAGAAGGGGCUGUGGGGAAAAAGAUGUAUUUCAUUCAACAUGGGGUCGCUGGUGUUAUCACUAAAUCCAGUAAAGAGAUGAAGUUGACAGAUGGCUCCUACUUUGGAGAGAUCUGCCUUUUGACUAAGGGCCGUCGUACUGCCAGUGUGAGAGCAGACACAUAUUGCCGCCUGUAUUCUCUCUCUGUGGACAACUUCAAUGAAGUUCUAGAAGAAUAUCCGAUGAUGAGGAGAGCAUUUGAAACAGUGGCCAUUGACAGAUUAGAUAGGAUAGGAAAGAAGAAUUCACUUCUACUCCAGAAAUUCCAAAAAGACCUCAAUACUGGCGUUUUCAACCAUCAGGAGAGUGAAAUUUUGAAACAGAUAGUGAAGCAUGACCGAGAGAUGGUACAGGCUGUUGGCCCAGCACAUUUUUUGCAAACACCUGCUCUGAACUCAAGCCCUUCAACUACCACUUCAUCGAUGCAAAUGAGGACACAGACAACACCUGUCUAUGCUAUGACCAACCUUUCCCAUGGGAGCUUGAAUUCAUCAACACCGAGCACACAGACACCUCAACAAGGUGUAGUUUUCUCACCCUGCUCCUACCCUUCUGCAGUCUGUAGUCCAUCCAUGCAGAGUCCUUUAGCUGGCCGAACUUUUCAGUAUGCAACGCCUACUGCUUCACAGUUGUCGUUGCUACAGCAGCAGCAGCAGCAGCAGCAGCAGCUGCAACAACCACAGCAGUCACAGCAAAUGCCUACCGGGUCACAGAAGAGCGACAUCCAUAAGAGUACACAAACUCUUCACAAUGCUAGCCUGACAAAAGAGGUGAGGCCCCUGUCGGCCUCACAGCCUUCGUUGCCCCAUGAGGUAUCUACUAUGAUUUCAAGACCACAUCCAACUGUGGGAGAAUCUUUAGCCUCCAUUCCACAGCCAAUGUCUGGUCUCCAAACCACAGGAAUCCAGCCUGGGAGCAAAGGCACAGUGCCCCAGAGAGUCUCCCUCUUCCGACAGAUGUCUUCAGGAGCAAUUCCACCAACACGAGGACCUAUGCCAUCCACAGCUGGGCUACAAAGAGAUACUUCCACAGUCUUAAACACUGAACUAGAGGGAGAUAAACCACGGUUUGCUUCAAACUUGUGAUUCACGUAGACUGAAUAAAGCAGAAGCAUUGAAAUUAUUCCCAGGACACUGUUAGAACUUAAUUUUGCAUAGUUCCCAGCUGUCUACAACAAAAAAGAAAAUUGUAGACAAACUUAACCCACAGAAUUGAAUGUACAAUAUAAAGACAGACAGAAGGAAAAA